GGCUGUCGCACUUGGUCCAUUAGAGACCUCUGAAUCGCCCCUAUGGCGCUACCUGUAGCCGAGGGCCCGGCUGAUACGCCGCUGUCCCCGGCCCGGGACGACUCAGGGAGCCCCUCCUCCGGGAUGUGGGCCGCGCUUUAUGAUUACGAAGCGCGCAGUGAGGACGAGCUGAGCCUGAGGCGCGGUCAGCUGGUGGAGGUACUGUCCCAGGACGCCGCGGUGUCAGGAGACGAGGGCUGGUGGGCCGGCCAAGUGCAGCGGCGCCUGGGCAUCUUUCCGGCCAGCUACGUGGCGCCGUGUGGCCCGGUGCCGCCGCCCGCGCCGCCCCCGCCGCGACCCUGCUCGCCUGUGCACGUAGACUUCGAGCUCCUGGAGCUCAAGGAGCUGAUCGGCGCCGGCGGCUUCGGCCAAGUGUACCGCGCAACUUGGCAGGGCCAGGAGGUGGCGGUGAAGGCUGCGCGCCGGGACCCCGAGCAGGAUGCGGCGGCGGCGGCCGAGAGCGUACGGCGCGAGGCGCGGCUCUUCGCUAUGCUGCGGCACCCCAAUAUCAUCCAGCUGCGGGGUGUGUGCCUGCGGCAGCCGCACCUCUGCCUGGUGUUGGAGUUCGCGCGCGGCGGGGCGCUCAACCGCGCGCUGGCGGCCGCCGCUCCGGAUCCCCGAGCGCCCGGCCCGCGCCGAGCUCGCCGCAUCCCCCCGCACGUUCUGGUCAACUGGGCGGUGCAGAUCGCCCGAGGCAUGCUGUACCUGCACGAAGAGGCGGUGGUACCCAUCCUGCACCGCGACCUCAAGUCCAGCAACAUUUUGCUGCUGGAGAAGAUAGAACACGAUGACAUUUGCAACAAGACCCUGAAGAUCACAGACUUCGGGCUAGCGAGAGAAUGGCACAGGACCACCAGGAUGAGCGCAGCAGGAACCUAUGCCUGGAUGGCUCCUGAGGUCAUCAGAUCCUCCCUGUUCUCCAAGGGCAGCGACAUCUGGAGCUAUGGAGUGCUAUUAUGGGAGCUGCUCACGGGUGAGGUCCCGUACCGUGGCAUCGAUGGACUGGCUGUGGCGUACGGGGUGGCUGUCAACAAACUCACACUGCCCAUUCCAUCCACCUGCCCUGAGCCGUUUGCAAAACUCAUGAAAGAGUGCUGGGAACAAGACCCUCAUAUCCGACCCUCGUUUGCCUUAAUUCUUCAACAGCUGACUGCGAUUGAAGAGGCAGUGCUGACCGACAUGCCCCAGGAGUCCUUCCAUUCCAUGCAGGAAGACUGGAAACUGGAGAUUCAGCAAAUGUUCAGUGAGCUGCGAACCAAGGAGAAGGAGCUGCGUUCCCGAGAGGAAGAGCUGAGUAGGGCUGCGUUGCAACAGAAAUCCCAGGAAUUGCUGCUCAGACGCCGGGAGCAGCAGCUCGCGGAGCGUGAGAUCGACGUGCUGGAGCGCGAGCUGAACGUGCUUAUCUUCCAGCUGAGCCAGGAGGCGCCUCACGUGAAGAAGAGGAAGGGGAGGUUCAGGAGAGGCCGGCUGAGGCUCAAAGACGGCCACCGCAUCAGCCUGCCUUCAGAUUUCCAGCACAAGAUCACAGUGCAGGCUUCCCCAACCCUGGACAAACGUCGGAGUUCAGACAGCAGACUGUGCAGCCCACCCGGCAGCCCCAUGAUGCUCCCCCGCCUUCGGGCCAUUCAGUUAACUUCGGAUGAGAGCAAUAAAACCCGGGGAAGGAACGUGGUCUUCCGACAAGAAGACUUUGAAGAUGUGAAAAGGAAUUUCAAGAAAAAAGGUUGCACGUGGGGACCAAGCUCCAUUCAAACGAAGGAAAGACCAGAAGGCCGAGAGCGGGUAAGACCUCUCUCAGAUGGCAACAGCCCUUGGUCGUCUCUUUUAAUAAAAAGCCAGAAAACCACACCCUUGGCCUCACUGUUUGCGGACCAGCCAGGAUCUUGUGAAGAGAAGAAACUUGUCCCUGAUGGAUUGGAGCAUAGAAAACCAAAGCAAACAAAGUUCCCUGGUCAGGCCUACGUUGGUCUACCUCUUUGCAAAGACAGCCAGAGAGAAGACUCAUUAGAGGCUGAGAGUCGGGAGGAGGGACCCUCAAAAGGCUCCCCAGUGAACAACGUGGGUGCCCCCAUGCUGAAGAAGAAAACAGAGUCAGCUCUGUGUGAGUGUGGGGUGCUGCUGGCAUCGAUGGCUUUGGGACUGGAUGUCAGGAAACUACAUGGAGCCCAGGUCCACCAAACCAUCACUCAAGGAGGAAAAGAAGGGAGAGGGCACCCUCCAACCAGCCUCCAGGUGCCAAGCAAGUACCAAUUCACUUUUGAGGCAGUCAUCUGCAGUUAGGGCACCCAGUGAUGGCUCCACUCUCCUACUGCCAAGUGCCACAAGCCUUUUCUCAAAGUCUUCUCUUUCCACGAAGUGUUUGCUGCAGGCUGA